AUGUCAAUGGAAGUAGAUAGCCUAGAAGAUGGUGCUGUACAAUCACAACAUUUCAUCAGCUUUACUAAUAUUUUAAAGGAAUAUAUCAUUGAAUCCCUCGGUAAAUCUGAAGAGAAUGAAAAUGGUACUAAUACAGACAAUCCUCUAGAUCCAUUUGAUAUGAUAAAAGAGUUCAGAUCUAUUGCUGCUCAAUCUGCGGCACAUCUUUUAAGUUCGGGGAUUCAUGAUUCAACAUACAAUGAUUGGGAAUUAGAAGCAAAAUUCUGGCACCUAGUAGAUCUUCUUUUAAGUUUUAGAGUUUCUAAUAACCAAGUAAAUGAUGAUGGAACUCAUUCGUCUCCUAUGGCAAUUCAUUCCUAUAAUUCAAAUGCUGUAUUCGAAAAGAAAUUGAUGUUUGAAAAUAAAAGUUUGUACCAGAUUUGGAUAAUAAUUGUUUGGUUACAGCAAAAUAUGCCAGAGGUAGAAAGACCAUCAAAUCUGAUGACAUCUAAGUGGUCUAAUUCAUUGAUCGCGGGCGGUUUAAAAAGUGCAGAUUUAGACUGUCCUCUACGUGAUCCUGAAAACUCAAACAAUAUUGACAUAAAAGAUAAGGAACAGGAUCAUAUUUUCUUCAAAUAUAUUUACCAUUUAUUGAUUGCUGGGAAAUUUGAGGAGGCCUUCGAUGAGUGUAGGAUGUCCGAAAAUUUAACAUUGUGUAUGAUUAUGUGUGGUAUGCAAGAAUACAUAAACCCUAAAAUUGAUGAACAAUUGGCUACAGAAUUUGAUACACAACUAGGUAUUAAAAAACGUACUUUAUGGAGAACUGCUGUGUUUAAUUUAUCUUAUCAGACGCAACUUGAUGUAUACGAGCGUGCAAUUUACAGCUUUCUGUCAGGCACUACACCGAAUGACGAUAUUCUUGCUGACUCUAAUUGGGAGUCAGAAUUAUUACUAAAUUUGAAUCAAAUUAUUCAAAUUGAAGUAGGUAAUUAUUUAUUGAAAGAAGAUAAAGCUGACAUACGUGAGAUUAUUACGCCAAUUCCAAUGCAAUCUCCAUCGUUAGAAACAGUUUUGAAUGUGGUGUCGUCCAAGCAUAUGGAUGAGAGCACGCAUCCGAUUAGAGCAUUGAUCGGCUCUGUUAUUUUAAAUACUUUACCUACGAUGAUUCAUUCUUCUGUUGAUAUGCUACUCGAUAUUGUUAAAGGAUUUGAAACAAGCAAUGAUUUGUUAGAUGAGCCUUACUUACUGAGAAUAAUGACUCAUUUGACUAUAAUAUUGGAUAUAAUUGAACCCGGUAUUGUUUCAAAUGCUGAUAAAUUAAAACUUGUGACAGCAUAUGUUUCUGUAUUGAAAUUGCGCGGUCUUUAUGAAUCUAUUCCUGUUUAUAUAAGUUUCCUAGACGAAGGCAGUGUUGUUGAUGCAUAUUCAUUUAUCUUGUGCACUAUCGAAGAUACUUCGAUUAGACGAUCCCAAUUAGAUCUGAUAAACCUUCUAAGACUUCCGAAAAAUAAUAUUUUAAAGAAAACUACAGAACGGGUCUUCCAAGAAACUGAAAGUUAUUAUUCACCUGAUCAAUCUAUUAAUGUGACGUAUGAUAUAUCGGAUAUCGACAGACAUUUGUUAUUCGGGGUAGAAUGGUUAAUUGAAGGCCGUUUGUACACUGAUGUGCUGCAUUCUAUGGUAGCAAUGUCCAGACGGCUAUUAAUAAAUGGUAAAGUGGGGACACUGCAAUAUUUCAUGGAAAGUAACCAAAUCGAAGAGUUGCUAAGAAAUUAUAAAGCAGAGUUGGUAUCACUCGAUAGUUCAGAUAUUGUUUUUGAUGAGGAUGUUGUUGUUAAGGAAAUCGAGCAGUACCAGUCACUUGUCACAGGAUUUAAGAAAUAUAGAGAUUGGCAAAAAGCUGUGAAACUUUUAAAUUCGGAGUCAAAUAUUCCAACUUUAAUAGAAAUAUUCCAACGAUAUUCAAAAUAUUCAAUUGAUUUAGCUAAGAGUUUUCUGAUAUCGCUCACAGAAGACGAAAAUAGAGAAGAUUUUGCCGUAUUGUAUGAAAUAAGAGCCUUGUAUACGCCAUACUUAAUAAUUGAACUACACAAGGGUUUGGUGGAAGCAGCUGAACUACUAAAGAUUCCAACUUUUAUUAAUGAUGCCUUAGGUUUCACAAACUUGGUAGCGAACGAAACCGAUAAAAUCUACCUUUUGUUCCAAUCGUGUGGGAGAUUGAAGGAAUAUUUGAAAUUGGUUGCUCAUACAGCAACACUUGUAGCAUAA